AUGCCUCAGGAUAUGCCCCCCACCGGGGGCUACCGGGAAGUGCAAUACAAGCGCAACGUCCCCGCCCGCGGCUUCCGCCCCAUCACCUACCUCGUCGGCAUGCACCUCUUCAUGGCCUACGGGUACUACAAGCUCUUCUACGGUAUCCGGGAACAGAACGAGCUCGCCCGUGAGAAGAUUUGGGGCCGUCUACAUAUCCUGCCCCUCCUCCAGGCUGAAGAAGACCGCGACCAGGCCCGUCGUUACUACGCUGAUAAGGCCCGUGAGCAGCAGCUGUUGGGCUCUGAGACGAAGAUCUACAACUCUGACCGAUUCGUGCGUCCUACAUUCGGAUACACGCCGGCGAAGGCUCAUAACUAA